AUGGCUUAUAAAGUAGGACUUUAUACGGUCACUCCUCAAUGGGAUGAUGGCACUGAGAUAACGUGCCACCGCGCGAGUAAUACUCACGCUACGGUCUACGCACUGGGCCUUAGUUUCGGGAUAGUCCCGGAACAGAGUCCUCCAUGCGUGUUUAGGUAACUUCCCCC